UCCGCCCGCGUGACAGGGAGGGGCUCCCCAUUGGCCGCGCCGGCGGGGCCGGCCGCGCGCCCCCCGCGGGUGCUCUCUCGGUGCUGCCAUGGAGGCCUUGCUGAGGAGCUGCCGUGUCCCGGCGCUGGGCGCCCAUCAGCGCGGGGCCAGGGCCCGGCACGGCGGCACCCCGGGCAGGAGCAGGCGCCUGCUGCUCUCGCAGCUCUUCCAGCCGCUGGCCCUGCCCGUGGGCGGCCAGGCAGGCUCCGAGGGCCGGCCCGGGGAGCCCACCUGCCGCAGCCAGCGGCUGAUGCUGCAGGGGGGGCUCAUCCAUCCCACCAGCCCCGGCUGCUUCUGCUACCUGCCGCCCACCGUCCGCGCCAUGGAGAAGCUGAUCAAGGUGAUGGACGAGGAGAUGCAGGCGGUGGGUGGGCAGAAGCUGAACCUGCCCAGCCUGUGCUCGGCGGAGCUGUGGCGCACCAGCGGCCGCUGGGAUCAGAUGGGGCCGGAGCUCUUCCGGCUGGUGGAUCGGCACAAGCACGGCUACUGCCUGGGCCCCACGCACGAGGAGGUGGUGACGGCGCUGGUGGCCUCGCAGAGCGGCCUGUCCUACAAGCAGCUCCCGCUGCGCCUCUACCAGGUCACCAGGAAGUUCCGGGACGAGCCCAAGCCCCGCUUCGGCUUGCUGCGCAGCCGGGAGUUCUACAUGAAGGACAUGUACACCUUCGACAGCUCCGAGGAGGCGGCUCGGCGCACCUACGAGCAGGUGUGCGCUGCCUACUGCCGCCUCUUCGCCCGCCUGGGCCUGCCCUUCGUCAAGGUGCAGGCGGCCACGGGCAGCAUCGGCGGCACCAUGUCCCACGAGUUCCAGCUGCCGGCGGACAUCGGCGAGGACAGGCUGCUGCUGUGCCCUCAGGGACAUUUCGCCGCCAACGUGGAGACGCUGAACGGGGAGCGAACCUCGUGCCCCACGUGCGGGGAGAAGCUCACCGAGAGCAAAGGCAUCGAGGUGGGGCACACGUUUUACCUGGGCACCAAGUACUCCUCCGUCGCCAACGCCGUCUUCUCCUCCGCCGAGAACAAGCCCCAGCUGGUGGAAAUGGGCUGCUACGGCCUGGGCGUCACCCGCAUCCUGGCGGCCUCCAUCGAGGUGCUCUCCACCGAGGACGGCAUCCGCUGGCCCAGCCUCAUCGCGCCCUACCAGCUGUGCUUCAUCCCCCCCAAGAGGGGCAGCAGGGAGGAGGAGGAGGGAGCAGCGCUGCUGGAGCAGGUGUACGAUGAGCUGGCCGAGGCGCUGCCCCGCCUCGCCGGCGACUCGGUGCUGGACGACCGCAGCCAGCUGACCAUCGGCAAAAGGCUGAAGGAUGCCAAGAGGCUGGGCUAUCCCUACGUGGUGGUGGCCGGGAAGAGGGUCUGCGAGGACCCCCCGGUCUUUGAGGUUUGGAAUCAGAAUGCCAGCGAGGUUUUGUUCCUCACCAAAGAAGGGGUAAUAGAGCUGCUGAGUAAAGUGCAAGUCCCUUAAAGCUGAAUCCGUCAUCUCUGCUGCAGUGAGUUCGUCUGAGCAGCCCUGGCAAUAGCUCUGGGUGAGCAGAGGCAAAUCCAGCUCAUGUCACAGAGCCAGCCAUGGUGUCCUGGGUGCACCAGGUGCUGAGGUUGAGCUGGAAUCAGCACACAUUCCACCACGGGGCUGGGGACGUUCCUCCCUCUGGGUACCGGUCCCUGGAAGCUGCUUUUUCCAGCACUUGUAGCCUCGUGUGGCUGUGGGGGCACUGGCAGGGCCAUCCCCUCCCUGCCUGGCAGGGACAGACUGGCCAUGGCCUCUCUCAGGAGCACAGGACAGCCAAAGCUGCCCAGGGAGACAGGAGGACUCCUGCCACGCUCUCAGCAUGAAGGAUUCUGAGAGACAAAGGAAGGUGACUUUCCUCUGUUUGCAUCUCUUUGGGAACACCCAGGUCCCACGAAGGUGGAAACUUGGGGCUCCUGUGAGGAACUGCUUGGUGCCAUCCCAGCAGCACUGAUGGGACAGGGAGCUGCUUGGAGGGGCCACCUCACCCUGUGCCACAGCUCCUCGGUCUGAGAUCUAGAGAUCAUGAGCAACACUGUAAUAAAAUCACAGAAUCAUUUA